UAUCUAGAUCAAGCUAGAGCAUGAAAUCCUACUUCAUCCCAAGUAUUUUGGCCCGAACCUGACUGAGACUGUGAAAGCGAAAUUGUUCUCCGAUGUAGAGGGAACUUGCUCGGGAAAAUAUGGUUUCAUAAUUGCGGUCACAAAUAUUGAGCACAUUGGGGCUGGCAUAAUCCAACCCAAUCGAGGUUUCGUCCAGUAUCAUAUAAUCUAUCGAGCAAUUGUCUUUCGGCCUUUCAAAGGAGAGGUGGUGGAUGCAAUCGUCGCCCAGGUCAACAAAGUCGGGGUUUUUGCCGAAGCCGGACCAUUGACUGUAUUUAUAUCAAAAUACUCCAUUCCUCCCAAUAUGAAGUUUGAAGGUGCAGACAAUGCUCCUGAAGGCUUGGAUGCUGAUGAAGAGGAAAAUCAAACGGUUCAAGUGGAAGACCGCAUCCGCGUUCGCAUCAUCGGCCUCCGGGUAGAUGCCAGCGACAUAUUUGCUGUGGGCACUCUUAUGGAUGACUAUCUCGGCCUCCAGAACAUUUCCACACAGGUGGAAAUCUAUCUCCCGAUGCCGUCGUCAGCUAGCCCAUCGGGUGCUGACCAACCGAAGACAUCCGCCGAGCCAACCACUCGCCAAGCAGACCCUAUACCACCAAAGGCCGAAAGAUGUAACGUCCGCUGUGCUCCAAUGGUUGUGGAAGGAACUAUACAUAGUUCGACAGAAACUAUGACAUCUAUGGGCAUCCCGUUCACUUUCAAUGGGAAAGGAGUCCGCAACAACAGACAGCAGCUCGAUGAGGUGACGCACGAUCCUUUGGAGACACAUCGAAGAAUGGAAAUCAGAAGAAACUACCCUAUGCCGAGCCUGACAACCGCUCGUGCUCAACAAGCCCCACCGAAACACGCCCAAAACUUUGGACAGGCGGUUUAUUCGUGUAUACCGAAAGACACUCCAAUCAGCUACAUCCACGCCGGUAAACAGCAUGAGGGACUUGGUAUCCAAAGCCUGAAUUUAACCAUUUUGAUUCAGCGAAGGCUGCCUAUGGAAAAGCUGUCUACCUAG